AUUCGGAAAAAAUUAAAAUGAGUCACCUCCCGUUGAACCUGGCUCCGAGUGAUGCAAGCCCGGGAUGGAUGAACAAAGGUGACAAUGCAUGGCAACUCACAGCAGCAACCCUGGUGGGAAUCCAGAGUGUUCCAGGCCUAGUCAUUUUGUACGGCAGCAUUGUCAAGAAGAAAUGGGCUGUCAACUCUGCCUUCAUGGCCCUUUACGCCUUCGCGGCUGUGCUGGUUUGUUGGGUUGGCUGGGGAUAUCAGCUCUCAUUCGGGACCAAACAAUUGGUUCCGUUUCUGGGAAUGCCUAAUGUGGCACUCAAUGCCAAGUAUUUGACGGGGCCAGCGUUUACGGGGAUGCUCCCGAACGCUACCAUGGUGUUUUUUCAGUUUGUUUUCGCGGCAAUAACGUUGAUUUUGAUAGCCGGGGCGUUACUUGGAAGGAUGAAUUUUGUGGCCUGGAUGAUUUUCGUGCCACUUUGGAUGACGUUUUCGUACACAGUUGGGGCGUAUAGUAUUUGGUCCCUUGGAGGCUGGUUGUCGACCAGGGGGAUUAUUGAUUAUUCGGGUGGCUAUGUUAUUCAUCUUUCUUCCGGGGUAGCUGGUUUCACCGCAGCUUAUUGGGUCGGGCCAAGAGCAACCAAGGACAGAGAGAGAUUUCCUCCCAACAACAUACUACUGAUGCUGGCAGGAGCAGGUUUGCUCUGGAUGGGGUGGAGCGGAUUCAACGGUGGAGAUCCUUAUGCUGCCAGCACUGACGCGUCUCUAGCCGUCCUUAACACACACGUCUGCGCUGCCACCAGCUUGCUCACAUGGCUCAUGCUGGACAUUCUGUUCUUCAAAAAGCCUUCGGUGAUUGGCGCCACACAAGGCAUGAUUACUGGCUUAGUUUGUAUUACUCCAGCUGCAGGAGUGGUACAAGGUUGGGCAGCAAUUACAAUGGGACUACUAUCCGGAAGCAUUCCCUGGUACACAAUGAUGGUCCUUCACAAAAAAAUAUCGUUCUUAACAAAAGUAGACGACACAAUGGCAGUGUUCCACACCCAUGCUGUUGCCGGGAGCUUAGGUGGCCUCCUUGCAGGAUUUUUCGCGGAUCCAACGCUUAAUAGAAUGUUCUACAACAUCGAUCCACUGAAGUCGGAUUCGUGGAAGAAGUACAUUGGACUUGCCUAUGGUAUUCAGAAUGGAAGGAGCUCUGCAGGGUUUAGGCAAAUGGGGGUUCAGCUGUUGGGAAUAGUAUUUGUGGUUUGCCUGAACCUUGUUGUUACUAGCAUAAUUUGUUUGUUGAUUGGGCUUGUGGUUCCGCUGAGGCUGAGUGAUCAGGAAUUAGAAUAUGGAGAUGAAGCCAUACAUGGAGAAGAGGCCUAUGCAGUUUGGGGUGAUGGGGAAAAGUUUGAGAAAUCAAGGCAGGUUGCUCAGGAGGAGAUUAAUACAAAAAGGAGGGCCAAAGUUUGAAUUUGGUCUGGGCUGUGGAUGGGCCCAGGAAUCCUAAACUAUAAACAUGAGCAGUUCAUGACCAUUAGGCUUUAAGAUAGAAACAUAGUGAUAAUUAUGGAUGUAAUAUGGUGUUAGAAAAGACUGCCAGAUUUAAGGAAUAAAAUGAAAUGAAAUAGAAUCCUGUUACAGUGAUCACGUGAUAGGAAGGGGCAGGAUCUAACAAAAAGACAUGGAAAUGUAGUGAAAAUGCUAAUGGCACGUGAAAUGAUCCUUGUCGAUUUGGAUGUGAAAAAUAUGUGAGAAGUUCAAAUUAAUGAA